AUGGCCGGCGGUUGUUCAUACCUAGUUCGAGACAAUCGAUUCUCCCAAACCACCACACCCGCCGCUUCCGCCCCGUUAAAUGACCGGCAAGCCUACUUCCCGGAGCAACCUAAUAGCAAUGGCUAUCCAAUGGAUGUGAAGGGCAAGCAGCCUUACACAGACAGCAGUCAAUCCACGCAGCCGACGCCUAACGAGACACCCAGAGACUCGAUCGACUUGGAGAAACAAGACGACAAAACCGACACUGCACCGCACGAUCCGCACAAGAAGGACCCAAAUCAGCCAAAGCUCCCAUGGGGCAAGCGACUUCUACACUUCACGUGGGCCUGGUACACGCUGACGAUGAGCACCGGUGGCAUAGCGACGCUCAUUGCUGUCCAGCCCCAUCGUUUCCCCGGGCUUCUGUCCAUCGGGGCCGUGUUCUACGUUGUCAAUCUCAUAUUCUUCGUCGUGCUUUGCGCGACCAUGGCGCUGCGAUUCAUAAAGUUCCCAGGGUCAUUCAAGGAGUCGAUCAUGCACGAACGAGAAGCGCUCUUUAUUUCCACGUUCUUUCUCUCUGUCGCGACGAUCAUCACCGGCACGCAGAAGUACGUCGUGGAGAUGUACGAGGCUGCGCACCCUGUGCGAGGCUGGAUCGUUACGAGCAUGGGCGUCGCGUUCUGGAUCUAUGUCUUCCUCACCUUCUGCCUCGCUGUGUUCCAGUACUCGUUCUUGUUCGCACGGCAUACCUACCUUUUGGUCAAGUUCAUGCCGAGCUGGCUUCUUCCCGUCUUCCCCGUCAUGCUCGCGGGCACCAUCGCGUCGGUCAUCGGAACAGACCAGCCGAUCGGGGCGAGGAUGCCAAUACUGGUCGCUGGUCUUGCGUGCCAGGGACUUGGCUUCACCCUCAGCAUCCUCAUGUAUGCGCAUUACAUCGGUCGCUUGAUGCAAGUCGGCUAUCCCAACCGGGAGCAUCGAGGUGCUAUGUUCAUUGGCGUUGGGCCGCCCUCGUUUACAUGCCUCGCUUUCAUCGGCAUGGCGAAUGCUCUUCCGGACGACUUCGACCUGCAGCGCGACGGACUCUUGGACGGCAACUUAUUGCGCACUCUCGCACUUGUGUCGGCGGUCUUCCUUUGGGUCCUCCAUUCACGACCAGAAUACUUCCACCUCGGCUGGUGGGCCAUGGUCUUCCCCAACACCGGCUUCAUCAUCGCAACCAUCAACAUCGGCAGCAGCCUAAAGGACGAGACUAUUCUGUACGUCGCGAACGGGCUCACUAUCGCCAUCGUGCUCAUGUGGGCGUUCGUCUUGUACCAUAAUGUUCGCGCGGUGGUGGUCGCGGAUAUCAUGUACCCCGGCCGCGACGAGGAUGUGGAAGACUAG